UUUUGGGGAAAAAAACGACGCUAAGGGGGUUUGAAAACUCCCGAAAUAUAGCGACAAAAUCGCUAAGUUGGCAACACUGUUUUCAGGGUAUUUAAAAAAAUUCAAAACAAAACAAAACAAAACCGUGCAUCUCAAUGGGUAUUCUCUGAGCAUGCGCAGAAUUACGCACAGUUGUCAUGUGAUCCUAUGAGCGAACAAAGGAUCAAAGGCUCAAAGAGCGCUGACGUCAUAUUCGCAGCCACAAAAGUCUAUAAAUACCCCCUCUUCACCUUUGCAAACACAGUUUUCUUGGAACAUUUUCAGAAACGGCGAGUUGUGUUUAGCAAACCAGAAACUUUUCAGAAAGGGACUAUUUUUAAACUUAAACAAUUAAGCAAACAUUUUUUCUUGUGACACUUUGCAUUAAAACGUUUAAAGAAAUGUCACACGAAACAUUUAAUAAUUCACAGUCUGACGGAGAGAUUCGAGAGGAAUCACAAAGACUGUAUGGGUUGAUGGAGAGACAAAUACCUGACCCUAUGGAGCUUCAAAUGAAAGUUCAACAACUCCAGUUGGAGUUGAGCACCCUAAAGCUCAAAAAGAAUUAUUAUAAAGAUAAGUUCCAUCAGUCAAGAGAUGAGCUUAAACACAUGAAGGCUCAGGCUAAAAAAAAUCAGACACAGGUGGAAUCUCUGGAGGCUAAACUCCAGGAACAGGAAAAGAACGUUCAGACAAUGCACCAUGACUUUUUGGAAAAGGCGGAAUCUCUCAUUGAGCAGAACAGCAGCAUUGCUGCUCAGUUGUCUCAGAUUCAAUGUGAUAGACACGAGCUAAAGAAACAGAACACAGAUCUCAAUGACUCUUUAGAGAGACUUGAGCAGCAAGUGGGAGAAGCUCACCAUGAAAUAAUAAAAAAAGAAGAGCUUAUAGAAAAACAAUAUAGGGAAAUAUUUCGGAAGACAGAACUCACAGUUGAGCUGAAAAGAGAAAUUUGUACUCUUCAGCAUCAGGUGAGACAGACACUUGAUGAAAAGCAGUUGCAGGUCAAAUCUCUGGAGGCUAAAAUGCAGGAGCAGGUUAGCACAAUCCAGAGGAUGCACCGUGACUUUCAUGAAAAAGAGGAAUAUUUCCUUAAGGAGAACAGCAGCAUUGCUGCUGAGAUAGACAAAUUAAAAACAGCAAACACAAAUCUCAAGAAACGUUUGCAAAAUCUUGAGUAUCAAGAAAGAACAACAGAAAGUCUGACACUGCAAAUAUUUUGGCUGGAAGAAAAAGUCAAAAAGCAAAAUUUCAAGAUUGUUCAUAACAACGAUCUCAUAGAUGAACUUUAUGAACAUCUUAAAAUGAAAAGAGAAAUAAUUAAUAAUCUUAAGGAUGAGCUGAGAAGGGAGGAGGAAGAAGAAAUAUUAGCUGCUGUUUACAACAUCACUGGUGAACCUCUGCAGCUGGAGAAUUUUGCUCCUGAACCCGAGGAGCUUGUUUCUCCUGCCUCAGAACCAUCUCCUGAUGUGGUCCCGACACAGGACAAUCUUGCUCCUGAACCCGAGGAGCUUGAUUCUCCUGCCUCAGAACCAUCUCCUGAUGUGGUCCCGACACAGGACAAUCUUGCUCCUGAACCCGAAGAGCUUGAUUCUCCUGUCUCAGAACCAUCUCCUGACGUGGUUCCGACUAGUGGUUCAUGGCGUCAUGGUGCCAAACGCCUACUUAAAAUAGGUUUAGGCGUUGCCGCAGUAGGCCUUAUUAUACCUGCAGCUUACUGGGGCUUUUCAAAGCUUAACAGUGAUAGCCUAUUUAACUCUGUCUGUGGCCUCCUUGAGCCAUAUUCCUACCUUGAUGAUCGAUUAGUCCCUUUUUAAAGACUGAGCAACAUUUAGCUAACUUGUGCUCUCAUUUUUCUUUUCUUUUGCCUCUCACCCCCCAACCAGUCGCGACAGAUGGCUGCCCCUUCCUGAGCCUGGU